CGUGAAUUCAGUCGGUCAGAGCAUCUCCGGGCGGAAUGUUGGGUCUACUGAGUGUCUGGUUUAUUCUCUACAUCUUUGACCUCAUCCAAGGUCGAUCUGUGGGCGGCUUGGAUGACUUGGAAGGGGUUUCAGUUCCCCGUCCCGAUUCCACAAUCUUUGUCUUCAAUCAGACUGAUAAGGAAUUUAAUUUUGAUUAUGCUUGGAACUAAAUAAACAGUGACUUUCGGUUGAA